CCCCCCCGAGACUGUGUCGCCGCUUACCAGUCAUCCAACUCUCCCGCUGAGAUGGCUUUUCGCGCUCGCCUUCUCUCUAGAGCAUUCCAUGCCUCCCGCGCCGUACGCGCCGCCGAAGGCCCCGGCUCGACGACCGAGCACUUCAACGAGCCCGGCGGCCGGCUUUUCGGCGAAGCGAUUCGUCAGCCUGGCGAGAGGAGAAAGCUUUUCGAUUGGGAAGUCCCCUACAUUGGCACCCUCGUGCUCGCUGGUUUAAUGCUAGGCUUUGGGCUAAACUCCCGACCAGAGACGUCGGCACUCGUGUGGGCCCGUGAGGAGGCACUGGCGAGACUCGACGCGGCGGAGAAGGCCGAGGGUGGUGGCGAUGAAUGAGGGGGAGCGCAGAUGAACAUAGGAGGCGUGGUUUUGUAGAAGUGAGGAGCUACGGCUGCGCCGACGCUGGCGACGCGUGUGUAGUCGGCAAGCGGACGAGGCAGAAGAGGUUACUAAUUGCUCUUGACAGCUCGGGGGCUUGCUGCGUAGGUCGAGGCUCGUCGCAAAAUGUCUCACGAGCAGAUUUUACGCAUGAUGGCGGAUGAGCGACCACAUGCGCAAUUGCAUCGACGGCAAGUGGGUUCCCUCGGGCCGUCGCGAUGAAAAUGCGAAUCGCUGCAGGCAAACGGGAAGAGCUCGUCGGACAACGCUGACAUGAUGCAAUAAAUACGGAUUUCAUACAAGCCUUUGACA